AUCAACGAACAGAGGGCGGACCGAGAGCUGUGACGUACACGCUAAGCACCGAGUUUAAGAAUGUAUUUUAGGUUAGGGAAAUCGAAAACGAUCGCAGAUAUGGAGAUACGGGAUGUAAUUCGCUCUGUUCUGGAGAAUAUUCCCGGCAUUUGCAAACUGAAGCCUGAACAAGAAGAGUGUUUGUUAAACAUUUUAAAUGGAGGUUGGAGGUUGUUUAAGUUGGAGAGAGACGUGAUUGCGUUAUGUGAUUGGCUUACGGUAACCAAUGAUUUUACAAUUCAGACAACUGUUGGCAUUCACAGAAGAUGUUUUCUGCUCUGGUGAAGCAACAGGAGGAAGAGACGAGUCUCCAGAACCCAGUGGUGUGUCUGUGAGGAGUACCAUGAAUCGACCCCUUUCAUUCAGUGGUCCCAUGUCCUCUGACCCUUUAACCUUUCCGACAUGCACUGCAUCCCUGCAGACUGGAGACUUGCAGGAAUCAGUGGAUGAUGUCAUUAAGAGAGCCAAAAACCAACUCAAAACCAGAAUGAAGAGCAAGUAUGAGAACUUAGAUGAGGGAACCAAAUUCCAAGAGAAUGAAACCCAUCUUAACAGGAUCUACACACCGCUGUACAUCAUAGAGGGAGAGAGUGAAGGAGUGAAUGAAGAACAUGAGGUUUUACUUAUGGAGAAAUCAGCCCGAACACAACACUCACAAGACACUCCAAUCCACUGCAAUGACAUAUUUAAAGCCUCUCCUGAACCAGGACACCAGGAGAAACAGCAGAUCAAGACUGUUCUUACUAAAGGCAUCGCUGGAAUCGGGAAAACCGUCUCUGUGCAGAAGUUCAUUCUGGACUGGGCCGAGGGGAAAGCCAAUCAGAAUGUAGAUUUCAUGUUUGUGCUUCCAUUUCGAGAGCUGAACUUGAUCCGAGAUCAUCGGUACAGUCUUCACACACUUCUGCUGGACUUUCAUCCUGAACUUCAAGAUCUGGACUCAAAGAUGUAUGAAGAGUGUAGAGUUGUGUUAAUCUUUGAUGGUCUGGAUGAAAGCAGAAUCCCACUGAUGUUUUCAGACGCUCAGGAAGUUUCUGAUGUGACUGAGACUUCAUCAGUGGGUGUGUUGAUGUCAAACCUCAUUAAAGGAGAUCUGCUUCCCUCGGCUCUCAUCUGGAUCACCUCCAGACCAGCAGCAGCCAAUCAGAUCCCCUCCAAAUACAUCCACCGUCUGACCGCGAUUCAGGGAUUCAAUGAGACCCAGAAGGAGGAAUAUUUCAGGAAGAGAAUCAGUGACGAGCAUCAAGCCAGCAGAAUCAUCUCUCACAUCAGAAGAGCAAGAAGCCUCCACAUCAUGUGCCACAUACCCGUCUUCUGCUGGAUCUCCUCCACUGUGCUUCAGAAGCUCCUGGAAGAAGAUCUGAGUGCAGAAAUCCCCCAAUCCCUGACUGAAAUGUACAUCCAUUUCCUGCUAAUUCAGAUCAACUCGAGGAAUCAGAAGUAUGAAGAGAGAGAUCCAGAGAAGGUCUUGCAGUCCAACAGAGAAGUGAUUGUGAAACUUGCUGAAGUGGCGUUCAAGCAGCUGAUGAAGGGCAAUGUGAUGUUCUACGAGGAGGACCUGAGAGAGAGCGGCAUAGAUGUCACUGACGCCUCAGUGUAUUCUGGGAUUUGCACUGAGAUCUUUAAGGAGGAAUCUGUGAUUCAUCAGAGGAAAGUCUACAGCUUCAUUCAUUUUAGCUUUCAGGAGUUUCUUGCAGCUUUGUAUGUUUUUUACUACAAUUUGUUCACCAUUAUGGAGACACUAACCUUUUUUGCACUGCAUAAUUUGCUCAAAGGAGCAGUAGAUGCCGCCAUUAAAAGUGAAAACGGACAGCUGGAUCUGUUCUUGCGGUUCCUGCUGGGCGUUUCACUGGAGUCCAAUCAGAGACUCUUAAAGGAUCUACUGACACACACAGUUAAAAGCUCAGAGAGCAUCAAAGAAACCACAAAGUAUAUUAAACAGAAAAUCAAAUAUGGACAUGGACUCCCCACUGAAAGAUCCAUCAAUCUGUUCCUCUGUCUGCUGGAAGUGAAAGAUCAGACUCUGUCCAGAGAGAUUCAGGAGUUUGUGAAAUCAGAUAAACACUCAGAGAAGAAACUCUCUCCUGCUCACUGCUCAACAAUCGCCUACAUGCUUCAGAUGUCAGAGGAGGUGCUGGAUGAGCUGAACCUCAAGAAAUACAACACAUCAGAUGAGGGGAGAAGAAGACUGAUACCAGUUGUGAUCAACUGCCACAAAGUUUUUCUUUCUGAAUUGAAUCUGACUCAUCAGUCCUGUGAAAUUGUAUCAUUAGCUCUACAAUCCUCAAACUGUGUCCUGAGAGAGCUUGACAUGAGCAACAACGACCUGCAUGAUUCAGGAGUGAAGCUUCUCUCAGACGGACUGAAGAGUCCAAACUGUCAGCUCGAGAAACUGAGGUUGUCUGGCUGUAUGGUGACAGAGGAAGGCUGUGGUUAUGUGUCUUCAGCUCUGAGUUCAAACCCCUCACACCUGAGAGAGCUGGAUCUGAGCUACAAUCACCCAGGACAAUCAGGAGUCCAGCUGCUCUCCGACAAACUGAAGGAUCCAAACUGCUCUCUGCAGAUACUCAAUUUGGAUCAUGGAGAACAUUUCAGAAUUCAACAAGGACUGAGAAAAUACGCCUGUGAUCUCAAACUGGAUCCAAACACAGCACAUGUUAAACUUUCUCUGUGUGAGGAGAAGAAAAGGGUGACACACACCAAAGACCCAGAGUCAUACCCCGAUCAUCCAGAGAGAUUCGAGAACUAUGAGCAGGUUCUGUGUGGGGAGAGUCUGACUGAGCGCUGUUACUGGGAGGCUGAAUGGAGUGGGAAGGGGGCUGGCGUAGCCGUGGCGUGUAAAGGAAUUAGCAGGAAAGGAGGGAAUGACUGUUGGUUUGGAUACAGUGACAAAUCCUGGAGUCUGUACUGCACUGCCAAUGGAUUUACUGUCUGGCACAAUAACACGAGCAAAAACAUUUCUUCCCCCUCACCACCGUCUAACAGAGUAGGAGUGUAUCUGGACUGGCCAUCCGGCACUCUGUCCUUCUACAGCAUCUCUGGCACAAACACACUCACACACAUAGACACAUUACACACCACAUUCACUGAACCCCUCUAUGCUGGAUUUAGGGUUUAUGAUGCCUCAGUGUCUCUGUGUCAGAUUUAGCAACCUGCAGUUGGUCUGUGCGCUGAUUGGAGCUGUUGCUCUGGAUCUUUUCUUUCUCUCUUACUCUGUACACUCUCUCUCCCACUCUUUUUAUCUCUCAGGUAACAUUUUACAUAUAUGCUGGGUACAAUUAAUGGCAUACGUUUUUAUCAUCUCACACAUCUAUUUUGUAACUAUUUUAAAUGUAAUUUAAUAUGUUCUUCGUGUUGCAUUUAAAAAAGUUAAGAGUAAAAGUUUUCUCAAAAGUUGAAGAGGCGGAGAAGGCGAGGGCGUGGCUCGAGGGAGGGACCGUGGGAGGGAGCGUGUCGCGGCGGCCACAGGCUCCGGCGGCCUUUGAGAACGGCGUUUCUGUCCAACAAAGGGUGGAGAGACAGCUUUAUCUUGGAAUGCUUCGAGUCGAGCCCGCAAGGUCGACAUCGGAAGCUCCUCGCAAUGCUCACAUCCUCUGGAAGAGAGGGCAAGAGCAGCGUGUUCCUGGCCCAGGCAGAGAGCGCAAAUAAUGUGGCGGUCCCUAGCUGGUUAUUUUAAAUGAUUAAAAAUUAAUUCAAUUUUCAGGGACUGACUUGAUGGGUAGUUUAGAACCAACUGUAUUGUUAAUGCCUACCCUUGUAUCCAAAGAAUAUAUAAAAUUAAUUUUUUUUAAAUCAUACCCUUAUUAGACCCUAAUAUUGUAAUCCUAGAAUCGCCCCUUCAUCUCACAGGCCAUCAAUAGCUAGUUUCAAUCCAAUGUUGCGAAUAUAACUUGUGCGCAAAACUUGAAUGAGGUGUUUCAGAACAACCACAUUUUGUUGUUCGAUUUUGUUCAUUUCAGAUUUUCUUCAUUUCAGAUGAUUGUGCUUCGGUUGGUGCAGUCCACUUAUUUGUAAAUUUGUCAGUACUUCCUGACACUAGAAUUGUUUUUAAAAUAUACAAAUGUGUGCGGAGAUCAACAAAUGCACAGAAAGCAAUUUACAAAUGAAUGCCAGUUGUGUUUGUGACAUAACAACUUUGUAAAUAUUCAUUUUUAUCUGCAAAUGUUUCAUAGGGCCUGUGGAAAAGAAAAAAGAAAACACCCUGAAUUUGGGAAAAUAAAAC